AAAGUCCAUAGAUAGAACGCGGGAUACAUAGUGACGCGACUCUUUAUCGCGAUCUUGGCCCUUGCGUGAUAUUGAUCAAGCUGGAUUUUCGAACGUAGUUGAAUCUCGAGUGAUUUAGGAACACAUACGUGCCAUAUGUUCUUUUGACCGACCAAUCGGAAAAAGGAAAUUGUCGCGUCUUUUUAGCUGUCAAAUAGCUCUGACAUAUAUCCGAUUACAACGAAAAACAGGGAAAACGUGUAAUAAACGAAAUAAACAAAAUGCUUCGUGGGUACGAGGGUGUGAGAUAUAUUUCGGAUAAGCAGAUGAUAGUCUUUGAUAUUGGCAGUGCCUACACGAAAUUUGGCUAUGCGGGAGAAGCGUCUCCACGUGGCAUUAUUCGAACGGAAGUGAGAUGUCCGGAAUCCAAAAAGAUACGCCGAAUCAUCGAUCAUACAGACGUCGAGGACUUGUAUCAACUUCUUGUAGAAUUUCUUCAUUUAUUGUUUUUUAAAUAUGUUGUGGUGAGUCCAAAAGACGCAAGGAUAUUGCUUUUGGAGUCACCAUUGGCGGUGACAUCGUUCAGAGAUACCAUUGCAAAGGUGAUGUUCAAGCAUUUUGAAGUUGGUUCUAUAUUAUUCCUGCCGAGCCAUUUAGCAACUAUUAGUACUCUUGGAAUUGAUACAGCUUUGGUAUUAGAUGUUGGAUAUCAGGAAGCAACUCUUAUUCCUAUCUUUGAAGGAAUACCAGUACUCAAAGCUUGGCAGGCAUUGCCUUUGGGUGGGCAAAUUGUACAUGAAAACUUAAGAAGAUAUUUUAAUGAUAUGUCAAAUGAUAUAGAUUUAUCAGAAAAGGUACUAGAAGAUAUCAAAGUAAGAACAUGUUUCGUAACUACACUGGAAAGGUCUACAAAGCUAGGAACAAAGGAUGCUCCUACUCCACCUCCUGAUGUUAUGUAUCCUGGUGUUCAAAGGAUUUUGAUAACUGGAGAAAUUAGAGAAAAGGCAUUUGAAAUACUAUGGGAAAGGGAUAAUGAUAAUCUCUCAUUGUCAACUAUGAUACUCGAUGCUAUUGUUAAGUGUCCUUUGGAUAUGAGGCGAGUAUUGGCUGAAAAUAUAAUACUCGUCGGUGGAACAACUAUGACAAAGGGCUUUGCAAGCCGCUUAAAAUCGGAAUUAUUAGCUUUAGUUCAAAAUGACUUAUAUAAAAAUAAAUUAAAAAUACAAUCGUUUAAGUUUCACACAGCACCUAGUAAACCAAAUUAUACAGUAUGGUUAGGCGGUGCUAUUUUUGGUACUACAGAUUUACCAUUACGAUGCUUAACGAAAGAAAUAUAUUUAAAAACGAAUCGAGUUCCCGAUUGGUCUAGCCUUAUAGAUAAUCAAAAAGACGAAACAUCUUACGAGGUAUGAACGAAUGUACCGCGAAAUUUAUCGAUCUAUGAAGAAGCAAGUAAAUUUGUAUUCUUGUAAUUAUUUAUAACAUGUAUUUUACUAUGU